AUGCUGGAAUACUGCCCUGAGGCCCAGUGUCGGAAGGCAUUCCGAAGAAUCGAUCAGUAUGAUCGGGAUAGUAUAAUAAACGAUUUUAAGAUCGGGGCGUGUCGGCUGAUGGUGGCCACAUCGGUGGCAGCGAGAGGCCUGGACGUAAAGCAUCUCAUUCUAGUGGUGAACUACAACUGUCCCAAUCAUUAUGUGGACUAUGUCCACCGACUUGGUGGUCUCACUGCGCCUUCAGCUGGAAACAUUCAGAAACUUGAGAUCGCCAAGAAACUGGCACUGAAGAUCAACGCACAGAAAAACCUCGGCGCAGAAGCUCAGGAUGUAAUGCAACAGGCCACUAACACCAUCAUGAGGGGUGGCACCAUGAUCGCACCCUCCGUCUCCGCUGAGACCAUUGCCGAGCAGCUCGCAGAGAAAAUCAACGCCAAGCUGAACUACACACCCAUCGAGAAACUGGAGGAGGAGCGACAGAAUCCUGAACAGGCAGAGAGUGUCAAGAGGUAUGAAGAGGAGCUGGAGAUCAAUGACUUUCCCCAGACGGCGAGGUGGAAGGUGACGUCUAAAGAGGCUCUGCAGAGGAUUGGCGAAUAUUCAGAGGCUGCCAUCACCAUCAGAGGGACAUACUUCCCUCCUGGGAAAGAACCCAAAGAGGGAGAACGCAAGAUUUGCCUCGCCAUCGAGAUUAAGUACGAACGCACAGCAAAACAUAGUUAUGCUGCAUAGUUAGGGUGCAUCCCUACUGGUGAGGGGACGUUCGUUUAUAGUUUAUAUAGCAUACAGGUGUAUCUCAAAAAAUGACAGUAGAAAUGUUAGGUUUUUUUCUGUAAUUUAAUUCAAAAAGUGGAACUUUCAUGUAUUCUAGAUUCAUUACACAUAAAUUCAAAUAUUUCAAGAUUUUUUUUUUUGUUGUUGUUUUUAAUCGAUCAAAGCCACCUGGGCUUCCAUAACACCUCAGCAGUGCCACUGCCUCCGUGCCACGCCACAUUGAUGCAGUAAUUCGUGCAAGAGGAGCCCUGACCAAUAUCCGGUGCAUAAAUUAGCAUAAUUUUCAUAUUAUAAAUUCUUUAUUCUAAUAUUUUGAGAUACUGGAUUUUUGACUUCCAUGAAAAAUAAAUAACAAAAUAAACUACAGAACACAAAUAAAUUUUUCCACGAUAUUCUAAUUUUUUUUUUUUUUUAGAUGCACCUCUAAGUGAGGACAAGAACUUGUAUCACAGAUGUUCUAUGUAUCUAUAAAAGUAUGACAUGUCAUUUAGUAAUAAAUAAAACAUUUUAAGUUGUUGCCUAGGUACAAGAGAAAUAAAGCACUUUGGGACAUGCAUGCUGUUG